AUGUUAGAGAGACUGCAGGAACAUAAUCUACCUAUUCAAUGUGGAGAAUCCUCUCAACAGACUGCAGAGAACAUUGUAAGCAAGGAAACUCUUCUUAGAACAGCUCCCUGUAAAAGCAAUAUAUGUGAUGCUUAUGAGAAAACCUUCACUGGUGACAAGGCUCUUCUAAUCCAUGAAAGGGUACACAAUGUGCUGAAAUGUCAUGGAUGGAAACAAGGUGGAAAAGUCUUCACUCCAUCUGGCACCUUUCACAUUCAUGAAACAUCUCACAUUAGUGAUAAACCCUAUGGAUGUAAACAAUGUGGAAAAGCCUACCGUGAUCCAAGUACACUUCGUGCUCAUAAAAGGACUCACAGUGGAGAGAAACCCUAUGGAUGUAAGCAGUGUGGGAAAGCCUACAAUUCAUCCUGGACCCUUCGUGCUCAUGAAAGAACUCACACUGGAGAGAAACCCUAUAGAUGCAAGAAAUGUGGGAAAGCUUUUAAUCGAGCCAAUCACCUUCAAAGACACGAAAGAAUUCACACUGGAGAAAAACCCUAUGGAUGUAAGCAAUGUGGGAAAGCCUAUAGUGAUUCAACUACCCUUCGUAAUCAUGAAAGAACUCAUACUGGAGAGAAACCCUAUGGAUGUAAGCAGUGUGGGAAAGCCUUCACUUUUUCUAGUACCCUUCGCUAUCAUGAAACAACUCACACUGUAAAGAAACCUUUUGGUUGUAACAAAUGUGGGAAAUUCUUCAAUCGUGUGUGUAACCUUCGUGUUCAUGAAAGAACUCACAGUGGAGAAAAACCAUAUGGAUGUAAGUAUUGUGGGAAAGCCUUUACUCAAGCCAGUUAUCUUCAAAGGCAUGAAAGAAUUCACACUGGAGAGAAACUCUAUGGAUGUAAGCAAUGUGGGAAAUCCUUUAUUCUUGUCAGUCACCUUCAGAGACAUAGAACCACUCACACUGGAGAAAAACCCAAUGUGUGUAAGCAGUGUGGCAAAGCCUACACUGCAGCCAGUUACCUUCGAAUUCAUGAAAGAACUCACACUGGACAGAAACCCUAUGGAUGUAAGCAAUGUGGGAAAGCCUACACUACAGCCAGUUACCUUCGAAUUCAUGAAAGAGCUCACACUAGAGAGAAACCCUAUGGACGUAAGAAAUGUGGGAAAGCCCUCAAUCAAGCCUUUACUCAUUCCAGUCACCGUCAGAGACAUAGAAGAACUCACACUGGAGAGAAACCCUAUUGGUGUAAGCACUGUGGGAAAGGCUACACAGAAUGAAGCACCCCUUGUAUUACUGAAAGAACUCACUGCAGAGAAACCCUAUGA